GGAAGCGAUCGAUGCACCACAUCACACUCAGGACACACCCUGCCUCCGAUACAGUGUAGUGCCGCGCAGUGCAGUGGACGCGGGGUGGUAGGGGGACGGUGAGAGUUUGCACAACAGGCAGCUACAGCCUGUACAGAGGGAGGGAUGGGAAUGCUGAAUCAGUGAAAACUGCAUGAAAGCCAGGUAGAGGGUGGAAGAGGGCAAACGGCAGAAGAGGAAGGAGGAGGAGGGCAAUUGCCAGGGUAGAUUGGGUAAGAUGUACAGUAUGAUGCCGCGUCAUUCACUUCCUCUCGUAUUUGUGAACGUGGAGCUGACGGUUUGCCCUGUAUUACGUCAGGCUUUCCUCCUCAGUUAAGAGACUUUUAUAAAACAGACUUUUAUCUCAGCGCUGCUUCCGAGUACAGUGCAUUAGUAGGUUUUAAAGACGGGACUGCCCCUUUGCUGCAAGCCAGAAAAGCGAGUCUGAUGGAGGUAGACGAGGUGGUGUGUUUACCAAGGUUGUCCCGAGUCGCUGUGUGCGGCGGCACCCAUGGCAAUGAGCUGUCUGGGGUGUACUUGGUGAGAGAGCUGCUGAAGGCGAAGGACAUAGUGAUGGAGGAGGAGAGAGAGGAGCCUGCGUCGGUGCUGAUGGUGCUGGCGAACCCACGGGCCAUGCAGCAGUGCCGCAGAUACGUCGACACCGACCUGAACCGCUGCUUCACCCACGCCACCCUCAAUGGUCCCAUAUCAGACUCGGCCCCCUACGAGAUGACCAGGUCCCGGGAGCUGAAUGCGAUGCUGGGUCCCAAAGGCAGUCCUGGGGCGGUGGACCUCGUUUGUGACCUCCACAACACCACUGCCAACAUGGGCCUGUGCCUCAUCGCAUACUCUGACUGCGACUGGAUCUGCCUACACAUAUUCAAACACCUUCAGAGGCAGAUGCCAGAUGUGCCAAUGAGGUUCAUCCAUUUCGAUGUCUCCAGUAAAGAAUCCUAUUCCCUCGAUUCAGUGGGAAAACAUGGCUUUGCGAUGGAGAUCGGCCCCCAGCCCCACGGCGUGGUGAGGUCAAAUAUCUAUACGGCGAUGAAAGAUGGCGUGCAGCACAUGCUCGAUUGGGUCCGCCUCUUCAACUCAGGUACUAUUUUUGAAGCCGGGUUUGUGGAUGUAUUCACCAUAGUGAAAAACAUCGACUACCCAAGAGACAGCGAGACGCACAACAUCACAGCAACCAUCCAUCCUCAACUUCAGGACAGGGACUUCCUCCUGCUCCACCCCGACGACGCGCUGUUCCAGACUUUCUCGGGCGAAACGCUGAGGUACAAGGGAAAUGAGCCUCUUUAUCCUUUCUUUGUCAACGAAUGUGCUUAUUACGAGAAGGGCAUCGCGCUCUCCCUGGCGAGAAAGCGCCACGUGGUGGUUCCGGCGAUACGAGCGCAAACCGAGGCGGAGCGGCGGCGGGACCAGCAGGGAUUUGCGUCGGAGGAGGAGUGAGACUGGGCUUUGGAAAACACUCUGAGACUGAUGUGAACUACAUUUUGUUUUGUUGUUAGAAAAAAGAAGCUUUUAUUGAAACGACAGCAGUUGUUUUGAACACACGCACUAUUAAGGUGUACAGAUUAUUGACCGUUUCAGCGCACAGGUGGAGAGCGGGCAACACUGGUCACCGCAGACUCACAAAGAGCACUCUACUCUGCUGUGGAUUCAGGGAUAGAGCAAUGUCUUGUAUUUAAAGGUUGAAUAUGUCCAAUAAAAUCGGAUUCAUGAGACCA